AUGGAGUUCUCUUACAAUAAUAGGUGCCAGUCUACUAUUGGAUUGGCUCCCUAUGAGAUGCUAUAUGGGUGCAAGUGUAGAUCUCCCUUGCACUGGGAUGAAAUUGGAAAGAAACAGAUAGUAGGCCCCGAGGCAGUCGGGGAAGCCAGUGAGGUAAUUGAGAAAAUUCACCAAAGAAUGCUUACUGCUCAAAGUAGGCAAAAGAGAUAUGCAGACCUUAAGAAAAGGGACAUCGCAUUUUCAGUAGGCGAGUUUGUGUCUUUUAGAGUCUCGCCAAUAAAAGGAGUUAUGUGUUUUAGCAAGAAAGGGAAGUUGAGCCUGAGAUAUAUAGGUCCAUUUGAAAUUUUGGACAGAGUUUGGCAAGUUGUGUAUGGUUUGGCACUUCCCCCUACACUCUCUAAAACGCAUAAUGUCUUUUACAUCUCGAUGUUGCGUAAGCACAUGUCGGAUCCCUCCCAUGUCUUGAGUUAUGAGCCGUUACAGUUGAUGCAGGACCUGAGUUACGAUGAACAGUUUGAGCGUAUCAUUGAAGAGGGAGUCAAGCAACUGAGGUUCAAGAAGAUUCCAUUAGUUAAGGUUCUGUGGAAGAAUAUUACGAAGAGAGAAGCAACAUGGGAGCUAGAGGAGGACAUGAGAGAAAGAUACUCCGAGUUGUUUGCUUAA